UUUCGAGACGGAGAUGUGGAAGGUUGUGAGAUUAUUGUGGAUACUUUCAGGAGUUCUCGCCAAUGAUGAUGUUUACUUGAAAAUUCCCACUGGAUUCACCAUCGGGGCAUCCAGCGCGGCUUAUCAAAUCGAAGGAGGCUGGAAUGCGAGUGAUAAAGGAGUGAGCGUGUGGGACUGGUUUACACAUGAAAAAAAUUGGCUCAUAACUGACAGAUCAAAUGGAGAUAUCGCAUGUGAUUCUUAUCACAAGUAUAAGGAAGAUGUUGAUAUAAUGAAGGAUAUUGGGUUAAAGCAUUACCGCUUUUCAUUGAGUUGGACGAGAAUUUUACCGACGGGAUUGCCGGACAAAAUUAGCCAAGAUGGAUUGCAGUAUUAUAAAGAUCUUAUUAAGGAGCUACGGUCGAAGGGAAUCGAGCCUUUCGUCACGAUAUAUCACUGGGAUCAUCCGGAAUUCAUGAGUCGUUUGGGGUCAUGGACUAAUGAAGUGAUGGUGGAAUGGUUUGUUGAGUAUGCCCGAGUUGUGUUUAGGGAGCUUGGAUCUAUGGUCAAAUUCUGGACUACUGUCAAUGAGCCAAAUAAUUAUUGUGAACAGUCUUAUGGGGGCAAGAAGCAAGCACCAGGAAUGGAUUUACCAUUUUUCGGAAACUAUCUCUGUCUCCAUAAUCUCCUGAAAGCUCAUGCCAGAGUCUACCAGAUUUACAAUGAGGAGUUCAGAGCUAAGCAGAAAGGAAAAAUUGGAAUAGUCAUUCCCUGCAGACACAAUUUCCCCAAAGUCGAGAAUGACACAGAAUCAGCGAGAAUAGCAUUUGAGUUUGAUUGUGGCUGGGCGGCGAAUCCCAUAUUUUCCAAGGAUGGAGAUUAUCCAGCAGUGAUGAAGCAGAGGAUUAAAGAGAACAGCCAAUUGGAGGGUUUACCAUUCUCGAGAUUACCUGAAUUCUCACCUUAUUGGAUCAAUCUUAUAAGAGGAUCAUCUGAUUAUUUUGGACUCAAUCAUUACACGUCCAAGAUGGUUGAACCAGUUCCAAGGAACAACGGCACUCCGUGGUACCAGGACUCUGGCGUAAGGGUGUUCAUCAAUGAAAGUUGGCCUGAAUCGCCCUCUGACUGGCUGCGUGUCGUUCCUGAGGGUCUCGGAGGUGUCCUCAGAGACAUCAAAGAAGCCUACAAAAAUCCACCAGUUUAUAUACUAGAGAAUGGAGUUUCAUCUUAUCCAGGGAUUGCCGACUACAAGAGAAUAGAAUUUUUGUACGGCUACAUGAAGUCAAUGCUUCUAGCUACGAACCGAGAUGGUUGUAAUGUCAAAGUUUACACUGUAUGGAGUCUCCUGGAUAAUUUCGAAUGGGAUAGAGGAUACACUGAGCGUUUUGGCCUGGUCGAAGUGGACUUCAAUCAUCCGAAUCGAACGAGGACCCCGAGACUCUCAACCCAGUGGCUCAAAGAAAUUAUUGCUGAAGGAAAAUUGAUGAGGCUGAAGGAUACUCAACUAUUCAAUGAAUUAUAAGAGACAAUAUUUCAGCUCAUAGAAAUUCUAAUUGCUGUUUUGUCCUAAAUAACUGUAUGUAUGCGAAAAUUGUAUAGAUGCAUAUACUUCACGAAAACUAUCCAGCGAUCGGUCGACAGCCAUUGCACUUGUAAUAUUUUGUGAUAUUAUUAGAAUUUGCAGCUUUCUGUUACUAGGGUUUUUUAUCUUAAUUGAAAUUUGAAAAUAAUAAAAUAAUUCAUAAUUUAAA